AGAUUGAGAGUUGCGUAUGAAGUGCAAGGAUUCGUAUGGGCAAUCACGUUGUGGGCUUUGUCGGCUGUGCCAGCGCUAGGUACUUCAUUUGGGAGUCGAUUUGAUUCAAGCUUGUCUGCAGGCCCGUUCUGUUUACAGUGGAAAGCCACUCGGACUCGUACUAUUUCAGAAGUUUUUCGUGUAGAGCAGAUAAACAAUAUACUUAAUAUGCUUGUGAUCUUGACUAGGAAAGUGAAGAUCAUCCAGCAAGUCUUGGGGAUUCCAGAAGAAAACGAAGCAGAUGGCAAGCGAUCAGAGGAAAAUAAAAAUUUUUCUGAAGAUGGCAUGCAGAAAGAAACAGAGUCAGAGAAUUCUCGGCGUGAAGCAAAUUCAGAUGACAGUUAUGCUGCCGAUGAUGAUAAUACACAAAAACAUGGUGUUGUUGAAGAAACAGCUGAUUUUGUUGGUGGUGUUAAUGAUACAGAAGUUAUUUUUCAAAGUACCCAAACACUUGGCGACGAUGAAGCUUCAAAUGGCUGUAAUAAUGAUAUAUCUCGUACGACAACUGCAGAUUGUGGUGAGAAAAAAAAACCCCGAGGUUUCAUCGCCUAUUACACCAAGAUUCAAUCUUCUUUCCCAAAACAGUUUACAAAACAGCAUAAAUAAAGACAAUGCAGGUGAUACUAGCAGACAAAGACAAUGAGGAGGGUAUUGAAGCAAAUGUAACAAAUUCUCAAAGAGGAUUAUUCGAUUUACAAAGUGUGACGAAAAAUAAGAAACGAGCUGCAGAAGGAUACACAGAGGAAGUUGAACCAAUAUCUAAAAAGAAGAAACAUAAAGCAUCUAGGAAAUGUCAAGCAGAUGAAGUGCCAGCAAGAAAAAGCCAGAGAGGACAGGUGCCUUCGAUUCUUACACAACCACCUUACACGGGAGCAAGGAAAAGACAUCCAUUAAUGCAUCCUUUUGAGCCGGUCGAUAAGAUGCGAAUGGAGAAAAUAAAGGAAUGGAAACAGUCAAAUUUGUAAGCAUAGUUUUCGUAAUCUAUAUAAAAGAUGUGAUGCCAUAUUUGUAACAGUUACUGUCUACUCAUAAUGCAGGCCACUGAAAAUUAAUGACAUCACCGUAGAUCCAAAGUGGAUUACCACGCUGGAGACAGCAGGAAAUGCAUUUACGAAAGCGUAUAUGGAAGCAGCUUUAGAGUUAUUGAGGAUGCGAAAGAAACAAAAUCCUCUUUUGUUUUUGAACAAAAGUGCUUUGAUGGUUGGUGAAUCGUUCUUGAAUGCAAUAGACGAGAUUUAUGUUAUUUUUGCAGAUGACAAGGACGGGUUUCAAUUCGGGACUGAAUUCACCAGUCAUGGCAUAGAGACAAACAUCCGCAUUAUCUACACACCGUUGAGGAUCAAAUAUAAAUGCUGGAUUGCAUUGAUCUUUCAUCUUGUGAAGAGAAAUAUAACCAUACUGAACUGUGCAACAUCAAAGAUUUCGAAAGAACAGCUCAAUACAUAUAUUGGAGCGUAUGCACACACAAUUCCUUACAUCAUUCGCCAAAUUACCCAGGAUGACAUGAUGGUUAUCUCUCCAUUCAGUAUACAAAUAGAGUCAAAAGAAGUACCACAGGUUGCUAAAAUAGCAGAUACAUGCGUUUUUGUAUUGAAAUUAAUAGAGUGCCACUCGAUGCGCAUCAAGGAUUUGACGAAGCUUUCUGAAGAAAACAUCGGGGAUAUAAGAUUCAAGCUUGCUGCUUAUCUCUUCUCAGAGUUAUUAGCACCGUAAUUUGCCAAGUAAGGUAAAAAAAACGAGAGAGAUGGAGCAAAGAUGCACAGAGGAGAGGAAAAGAGACAUUUCCUUUCUUGUUUUCAAAUCAUUAGUUUGAUUUUUUUUCUUAUUAUGCUAGACUGCAAUAUCGAAAUUUAUAGUUAAAAGAGUCCAGUGUUCAUUGCUUUAGUGUGUAAAUUUGAUGGUGUUUGGAUCAUUAUGCCACUUAAACGACACAAAAAACAUUGUUGUUUCAUUAUGCAUUUUAUAAAGGUUUUUAAAUUUCCUUUUCA